UCUUUUUUCAUUUUAUACUGAAAAAUCAGUGUUUUCGACCCUGCAAGUCUGCAACCGAGUUUUAUUCAGAAAUAAUCUCAAUCUCAUUCUCGAACCUCCAUGGGUUACAUUCAAGACGCACGCCAGAAUCACGUUAAGAAGAAAGUUGAAGAAGCUUUGCGCAGCAAAAUGAAGCAGAAGGCGCUGAAAGAGUGUGAUCAUUACACGGCAAAGUAUGCUGAAUGUGCUUUAGGGAGAACACUUUCAGUUGUGUGGCGCUGUCGCCAACAAGCACAAGAGUUGAAUGAUUGUCUUCACCAAUUGCCCUCAUGUUUUGGGGUAGAGAGCGGAGGAACUGAGAACUCCAUAUCCUUUUUGUGUCAUAUGUCUCUGACCAAGCACCAAUGAUUCUGUUUUGGAGGAAAUGAAGAAAGAAUACAUGUUAAAACAAGGAGAGGGCUCUACUAGAAUCCAGACUGCUUGAUUUCAAUGACAAUGUGUACGCAAGGAACAGUUUAUCAAUAUAAUCUGAUGCAUCUUGCAUUCAAGUUCUCUAGAUAUUUACAAUGAUCUCUUCAUUAUUGUGAUGUCAUGGAGCUUCAUUAUAACUUAAACUUUGUUUGGGAGUUUUGUAUGGACAAUAGAACAUUAAUGAAAAGAUCUUCUUUGUUUGUA